AUGGCCGCCCUGGCAGCCAGCAUAUCCAAGCAGCAGGCAGCUGCCCCGGGUCUUGGCUCCAGCCAGAGAGCUGUGAAGUACUUGGGUCAGGACUACGAGACCCUCAGGCAAGAGUGCUUGGAUUCCGGAGUCCUAUUUAAGGACCCAGAGUUCCCGGCAUGCCCAUCAGCCUUGGGCUACAAGGAUCUUGGCCCACGCUCCCCCCAAACUCAAGGCAUUGUCUGGAAGCGGCCCACGGAAUUGUGUCCCAGCCCCCAGUUUAUUGUUGAUGGAGCCACACGCACAGAUAUUUGUCAGGGUGGUCUAGGUGACUGCUGGCUGCUGGCUGCCAUUGCCUCCCUCACCCUGAAUGAAGAGCUGCUUUACCGUGUGGUCCCCAAGGACCAGAGCUUCCAGAAGAACUACGCGGGAAUAUUUCGGUUUCAGUUCUGGCAGUACGGAGAGUGGGUGGAGGUGGUCGUGGAUGACAGGCUGCCCACCAAGGACGGGAAGCUGCUCUUCCUCCACUCCCAGGAAAGCGAUGAGUUCUGGAGCGCCCUGCUGGAGAAGGCCUACGCCAAGCUCAAUGGUUCAUACGAGGCGCUCUCUGGAGGGUCCACAGUGGAGGGAUUUGAGGAUUUCACUGGUGGCAUCUCUGAGUUUUUUGACCUGAAGAAGCCACCACCUAACCUGUAUCAGAUCAUCCGGAAGGCCCUCCGCGCGGGGUCUCUGUUGGCCUGCUCCAUUGACAUCUCCAGCGCAGCUGAAGCAGAAGCCAUCACCACUCAGAAGCUGGUUAAGAGUCACGCUUACUCUAUCACUGGAGUGGAGGAGGUGGAUUUCCGUGGCCGCCCAGAGAAGCUGAUCAGACUCAGGAAUCCAUGGGGUGAAGUGGAGUGGACAGGAGCCUGGAGUGAUGAUGCCCCAGAGUGGAGUUGCAUAGAUCCGAGGCAGAAAGAAGAGCUGGACAAGAAAGCUGAGGAUGGAGAGUUUUGGAUGUCAUUUCUGGAUUUCCUGAGACAGUUCUCUCGCCUGGAGAUCUGCAACCUGUCCCCCGACUCUCUGAGCAGCGAGAAGGCACACAAGUGGAACCUGGUCCUGUUCAACGGCCGCUGGGCACGAGGCUCCUCCACAGGGGGCUGCCAGAACUACCCAGCCACUUACUGGACCAAUCCCCAGUUCAAAAUCCGCUUGGAUGAGGUGCAUGACAAUGAGGAGGCCGGUAGUGUGCUCUGCUGUACUGUGCUGUUGGGUCUGAUGCAGAAGAAUUGCUGGCGACAGAAGAGGCUUGGUCAAGGCCUGCUGAGCGUUGGCUAUGCCGUGUACCAGGUCCCCAGAGAGCUGGAGAGUCACACGGUUGUGUCCCUGGGCCGGGACUUCUUCCUGCGCCACCAGCCCCUGGCCUGCUCCAGCACCCACAUCAACCUGCGGGAGGUCUCAGGCCGGCUGCGGCUGCUCCCAGGGGAGUACCUGGUGGCGUCCACCUUCAAGCCCUUCAAGGGCUUGAAUGGCGACUUCUGCCUGAGGAUGUUCUCGGAAAAGAAGGCCAAGGCCCUGCCACCCAUGAUGCCAGGCCCUCUGUUCUCAGGUUUUACCCUCAAUAGCCAGGUGCAGCGGACCAUCACCAAGCGGUACGCCUGCAGCAAGCUCGUGUUGGACUUCAACAGCUUCAUGGCCUGCGUGAUCCACCUGGAGACCCUCUUUAAAAUGUUCAGGCUUCUGGUUCAGGGCCAGAAUGGUGGUGUCCAUCUCUCCCUGACUGAGUGGCUGUGCUGUGUGUUGGUCUGA